UUAGUCGCUGGUGAAGCAAUGUUGAGAUAUAGGAGAAGCUAGAAUACUUCUUAUGUAAAAUAAAAAUUGAUACAGCGCCUCUAAAGUUACGGACAUCUCAAAGUGCUUCACAAAGUAAAGUGUGUGUGCGUGUAGGUGAAAUUCACCUGGUUAAGAUUCCGACUGAAAUUGUUAGCCAGUUAGCCUUGUACCUUGUCAAUAGUUUGUUGUGGUAUAUGGAUAUGCUGAGCUUCACAAUCACGUGUUCAAACAGAGGGAUUAAUCCAAUUUAUUGCUUGAUCGUUAGUGGGACCCUCUCCGUCAAAAAAGAAGGCACUGUUAAUGCUCAAAGUGGUAACUGAAUUUCUACUCUGGGCAUAUUUGUGCCUAGUUUUAUUGAAUGUUUACAUAAAUUAUCUUUUAUUUCAGAUAACCAUUUAACUGCGAGAAUGACGACAGCUUCUGUGUCUGAAACGUAUACGUCCGCUGAUGCUACAUGCAAAGUCUCGGUGGAGAAUGUCAGCCAGAAAUCAGGUGCCAAACCGUCGACAUCGCCAUCGGACAACUAUUACCUGGCUCGGAGACGCACCCUGCAGGUGGUGGUUAGCUCACUAUUAACCGAGGCAGGAUUUGAAGCCGCAGAGAAGGCAGCCAUUGAAACACUCACUGAAAUGCUGCAGAGCUACCUUUGUGAAAUCGGUCGAAGUGCUAAAGUAUAUUGCGAGCAUUCAGCAAGAACACAGCCAACCCUGUCGGACGUUGUGGUCACUUUGGCAGAAAUGGGUUUUAAUGUGGACACAGUUCAAGCUUAUGCCAAACGCUCUCAAAGGAUGGUUAUUACUGCUCCUCCUGUUACAAAUACUCCAGCAACACCCAGAGCGCUAUCCACCGGACAAAAAAGGCAACACCCCUCAUACAUCCCGAGCCAUUUUCCUGAGUUCCCAGAUCCUCACACUUACAUAAAGACCCCUACUAUCAGAGAGCCAGUCUCUGAUUACCAAGUGCUGAGGGAGAAGGCUGCCUCGCAGAGGAGAGAUGUGGAACGAGCUCUGACCAGGUUUAUGGCCAAGACCGGGGAAACGCAGAGCCUGUUUAAAGAUGAUGUUACAACAUUCCCCUUGAUUGCUGCACAGACUUCAACGAUUCCCUACCUGAACGCCUUGUUACCAUCUGAACUGGAGCUGCAGCAGAUGGAGGAGACCGAUUCCUCGGAACAGGACGAUCAGAAUGAUUCAGACAAUAUUGCACUAAAUAUGAAUCUAGAUGAAUUAUCCUCCGAGAAGGAGAACUCAGUGUUGCAACAAGGCUCAGGAUUAUCUAAUAGCAAGAACGGCGAGGACACAAUGAUUGACAAUCCUUAUCUGAGACCUGUCAAAAAGCCCAAGGUCCGCAGGAAGAAAUAAACUCCGGAGAAAGCGAAGAGACGCUUUCAGUAAAAUACCUUAAUCGAGCCAAUUAAACUGAAGAAAGCGAUUCCAAUUGGGAACUGCCCUUCUCUAUACAGUACGAGGAAAGGGAACUUUAAUCGUAAGGCAACUGGGAGACCAUGUUUGCCCUGAGAAAACGUCUUAAUUCAUUGUAAACUAGAUGCCUAAUAUAGGAAAGUUAAAUCUGUUACAACUCCUUACGAAUGGAGGGAAUUACAGUUUUGUUGUUUAAAAAUUUAACAUGCAUCGUUGAACAGCGUGUUGGGUGUCUGUACGCAAGAUCACACCUGGCAUAGAGAAUCACAUGCAAGUGCGUAUGCUGUUGUGACAGAAUGUAUUUUGCUCAAAUGUCAUACAAUUGACAAAGGCUGUUUAAUAGUGUGUUGCCUCUUGCCACGGAGAGUUAUCCAUUUUGUUCUUUCUCCUGAUCAUUGUGGAGUUUAUUUUAUAUCAAUAACGGACCCAAGGAAGGAGGUUGUAUGACAUCAUCUUUACGUGCAAUUCAAAUGUAAAGCUUAAGACUUUUUGAUAUUUUCUGCACUGUGCUUGCCCACACUACAGGAGCUUUAAAUAUUAUUAAAACUUUGCCCACCAAAUAUAUGUAGUGUAGCCGCUGUACAGUUCAUUGUAAAUAAAUAAUUCAGUUGGUUUUG